UCAACAGAACGCGCAUCAGAGCUGAUAAGGACUGUGGUGUUAGUCAGUCCCUCAACGGAUCAUUGAUUCAUCGAAUCGUUAAGACUACUGCAUCGUUGAUUUAUCAAAACAGUAAGACUACUGGGUCGUUGAUUUAUCGAAUUGUUCAGACUACAGGAUCGUUGAUUUAUCGAAGCAUUAAGAUAACUGGAUCGUUGAUUUAUUGAAUCAUUAAGAUUCCUGGAUCAUUCAUUUAUUGAAGCGUUAUGGAUGAAUGUCAGUCAUUGCUGUGAGAAUUAGGGAAGCACAAGAGAAAGCGAGGACUGCGUUCCCCUGAUAUACCCGGCCCAAGGAGGUAUGAUUUAUUCGCCUAAAGAAGCACUUUGCUACAUGGUGCACUAAUGAAUACAACCCAGGACCUAACCACAGAGUUCCAGACGGUUCGGUCGGACAGCAUGACAUCCAAGGCCAACGUCUCGGACCAGUGGUACGACGCUCUGCAGCGCUGGCACCUGGAGCUCUUCCUGAUCCCCACCUGUCUCCUCACCCUGGCUACCCUGCUGGCCAACCCCGUCCUCCUGGCAUGCAUCCUCCUGUCCCACUCCCUACGCCAGGAGACCCGUUACCUGCUCUUAGCCAACACCCUGGCCGCGGACGUGCUCUUCGUCUCCCUCAACCUGGUGAGCGUGGUGUGCAACGCCCUGGAAGUGGCCGUGCUGAGGGUCCUCUGUGAGCUGGUUACGGCCGGGACCGUGGCGGCGUACUGCUGCGCCGUUCUGACGGUCACCCUGAAGGUGGUGGACACCUACGUGGCGGUGCGCUGGCCGCUCCGCUACCACGACCUCCUCCCCCCGGCCCGUACCCGGAAGAUCCUGGCGGCCGUGUGGCUGCUGGCGGCCAUGUACCCCCUCUCCCUGGUCAUUGUGAUGGAGGCGAUGGAGGGCGCCACACCGGAUAAGUCCAACGUCUGUCUCGUGCUCAUCUCCGUCGGCAACAUGGGCGGGGAGAUGACGGUGGGCCUUCACAUGUAUCUGACAGUCGGGGCAUUCGUCUGCACUGCGCUCAUCCUCUUCUGCUACUUCCGUCUCUACUGGGUCACCAAGACCCAGGGCAUCUGGCAGAACCGCUACUCCCGGGCCCGGGUCACCCUCCUGGCGCACGGGGUGCUGCUCCUUCUGUACUUCGGCCCGGGCUUGGUCUUCACCGUGGAGCUGGUUCUGUAUCAGCACAGGACGGUGAGCCAGGACGUGCGUGUGUGGAUCAACACAGUGAACAUGUGUGUCAUGGUGCUUCUCCCCAGGGCCUGUGCUCCCUACCUGUACGGUCUGUGGUACCGGGACAUCUCCCAGACUCUGCUGGCGAUGCUGCGCAGACACCGCAGGCUGAGUCAGGUCACCGUGGCCUAAAGAGGCUGAGACACAGCCACAACACACUCUGACAUACCCACAACGCACUCUGACACACUCACAACACACUCUGACACACCCACAACACACUCUAUAGCAGAGGCUGUCAAACCUCUCCCCGCGGAACCCCAGACGUCCCAGGUCCUAGCUCGGCUGUAAAAGUCGUCGCAAAAAUUUUUUGUUUUUAGUCAGCUCGAGAGUUUAAUUGGUACUAUUACCAAACUUUUACUGUUGUAGUCUUAGCUAAAAUGUCUUGGCUGAAGACACUUUGAAGCUUCUUUUAGGGGAGUCUGGGUUUGGUUGUUACAGGGGUUGUUUUUAUUGGUGUUUAUUGGUCAGAAUCCAGGGAGUCUGGUGUUAUAAAUUCAAGGUAGAAAUGUGUCUACAGCCACGUGGUCAAUCCAGGUGAAUAUCUCAAAAUAUUGAGGGGAGAGCAAUUUCUUCAUUUUCAUGAAUACAAAUAAAUAUUAAUAUUCUUUUUAUUUAUUUAAUAUGUAGUUGUAUGAUGAGAGUAUCCAAAUAACCUGUUUUAAAAGAGGAAAGGUGGAGCUUUGUUUUAAGCCAAUUUGUGAGUGUACAGAACAAUCCAAGAAGUAUACCAUAAUUCAGUACAGAAGAGUUGAAUUCAGCAGAGGACAAGAGAGGGUCAGUACAUCUAUGACUGGUUCAGAUUUAGUUCGGCGUAGACCUGCUUCUCAAACUGAGUCAUGCGACUGACUGAGAGGCAGCUACAUUUAGGGCUUAGACUACACACAUCAUUAUGGGGUUUCAGUUGAGAGUUCAGCACCAAAACCACCAACAUCCAAUCGAUUUCAUGGACGACCUUUAUGUGUCUCCCUUUAGAAUUCCCUCCACAGCACGCACACGCACUCCUGUUUGAAAAAUAAUUCCUUGUUUGAAGAAACUGUUUUGUUAGCACAAAUGUAUACAGCUUUUUACUUUAUCAAAGAGUUUCACUUUCCUCUAAAUAUCUGUUGAUGACCGUUUGAUUAGAAAUACUGUUCAAUCAAAGGCAUUCAUUUUUCUAAGAACAUUUAAUAAGGUUCAAUGUAAUUAUGCUGAUAUAAAUUAAUGGCCAGCACUGUGAUUAACCCCAUACAGUGUGUAAACCAACAUUUCUAUGACAUUUGAUGGCUUAAAAUGCCACAAGGGAAUCAGGUAUGAGGAUCGAUGGGGUCCCAUUUCAACCCAAGACUUUGGGCUUCCUCUUAAUAAAGAUUAUGGAAAGAAGUUGUGAUACUGUUGUUGAGAAAUACUCUAAUUAGUCAAAGUAUGACAACCUCCCCUGGUCUCCCAGAACCCUCCCUGAUCACUCUGCCAAUGCAUUUAUUUUUCAACAUGUCUGACAUAUUUUAGGUUUGUGCCUGUUUUGGAAUGUACUCAUGUCUCUCAAAGGAAUUAAAACAUUCUUCCCAGUU